CUAUGCUUUCUUUCUUCAUUUAAUAUUCCAUCUUCAAUCGAACCUUCUAAAAGGCUCUCUCUUUCUCUGCUCUCUCUCCAAUGAGUUUUUCUUCAUGAAUUUGAAAUUUACAGCUCUUUACAUUCAUUUUUUUUUUUUUUUCUAAUAUGGUUCAUGGGUUUUCGAUUUCAGCUUCCACUCUCUAUCUGCUUCAGUAUUUAGUUGAAAUUUGACUGCACAGAAAUUUCUCUGAAAUUACUAGAAGGUGUGACCCAUCAGCUAACCUUUUGAUAAGAGAAAAGGCCAUCAAUUUCUAAAGCUUUUGGAGAGUUCUGGUGGGUCUUUGGAUGUUGCUCGUGAAUGACCUGCAACUUUUGCUUUGUUGGUUGGGACAUUUAUUUAGUUCUCUUUAUGGUUUGCUUAGUGUAAUUUUAGAAAAUGGGGUGCCUAGUGUCUACACCGAAGGAUUCUGGUGGAAACAGAAGGAGACCAGGAAGUAUAGGGGAAGUUUUUGUUUAUAUACCUGGUUUUCGGAUACCAAAAGCUGUUGAUGUCUCUGUGUCACUUGGUGAUCACUUGUCAACGAAUUUAGUGGAACGUUUAUCAGCUUUAAGAACCCGAAUUGUAGUUAUGGCUGGCCAAGAAGCACCAACAGUCACAAGAACAAAGAGAAAAAGUGCUACCCAGCAUGGAGGUUCAACUUUGGCUGAUCUUCAUCAGGCUCUUGAAGAUUACUUGCCUGUUCUUUUGGGAUUAGUUAAAGAUGGAAGCCAUCUACAACACAAGCUGCAGUUUGUGUGGAUAAAUCAAGAGGAUGACACAGAGGAAACAGCCAUGUCUAAUGCAUGGUAUGAGGUGUUGUCAGUUUUGCACUUAAUGGCAAUGCUAUUACUAUCACAGGCAAACUUGUUACUUCUUCCAAGAAUAUCCGCUGAUGGUUAUCAGCCAAAAGUAUCAGCAGAGAGCAGGCGGGCAUCCAUUGAUAUUUUCUUGAAGGCUGCAGGAUACCUGGAUUGUGCUGUCCAUCAUGUGCUCCCACAGUUUCCUGCUGCACUAAGGAGAGAUUUGCCCGUGGAUUUGGUAGAAGGAGUUCUUAGAGCACUUUCCCUGCAAGCAUUGGGGCAGGUUGUUGAUAUCCAACUUGGGAUGGCAAUUGAUAGUGCUAAAGCUACUCUAGCUGUGAAGCGGAGGCUUGCAUGUGAGAUGGUAAAGUACUGGCAGCAGGCUCAAGAUAAUAUAAUGAAUCUUCCAUUAGCAAAUGGAUGGGGGGAAAAGCACAGACUUUUUGUAAAGUGGAAAUACGUGGAAGCAAAGGCGGCAGCAUAUUAUUAUCAUGGCUUGAUCCUUGACGAGGGGAACACGGAGAAAUCUCAUGGGAUGGCUGUAGCUGCUUUGCAAGCUGCAGACGAAUAUUUUAAGGAGAGUAGGAGGGCGUGUGAGGCAUUUAAUGCCGCUUCUCCCUUAUCAAGAAAUCCACCGCUUUGGGGAACAGUGAAAUAUCUAUCUGAGAAAAUUCCAAAAGAUACUUCUAGCAAGGUGCGGAUUAAUCGCGAUCUCUACUCUCAUGAAAAAAUAAUGGAGACAGCACCGACAUUGCCUGAUUUUGCUUUGUCACUGAAACCUGACGAGUAUCAGCUUCCUUCAAUGGACUCAUCUUGGAAUGAAGAGAAUGUGAAUGGAGGUUAAGCCUAUUCCAACCAAUUCAAGCGUGAAAAAAGCAGGCUGUAUGUCACAUUUGCAGAAAGCAGCUAUGCAAGAGCCAUCUCAAAACUUGGAGUGGCCAAUUAAACAGGUGUAUUAUUUGUGUACCAAAGGUACAUUUUAGCCCCACAUUUUUUUCCCUAAAAUUUUCUUUCCCUUUUCCAACAUCAAAGAUUUGUAGCUUAUCCUGUGAUAGAGCUUUGUACAAGUGCCUGUUGUGUGUAAAUUUCUUACUGCCAGUGCCGGAAAAGGAAUGGUUUUCUUUGCUUGUAAAAUUGGUUAUUAGCAAUAAAAGAUGAUUUUCUCUCUCUAUA